CAAUGUGUUAACUCCUUCAAUACCUUUACUCAAUCUGUUUUACUUUUCUUUCCUCUAGGCGCUGCUGUGACCGCCUGUGGGGUCAAAUUCCUCCAGUCACUGAAGAAAACCUGUGCGCAGGAGACCGAAAAACUUGCUAACUGCAUUGAUCAGAGCAGCGCUAAGCUUUACAUAAGCAAGGUUUGUGGAACGGGAAAGAGGGAUGAGUCGCCUUCUUUAGCAGGUCACAUGAAGGAGCAGCAUUUACCGCAGAAACUAGAUGUUUUGUCAUUCGAAUCAUCUCACAAUAAAAAAUCUAACUGUGGUCAAAUCAGAUGUCACGACGAACAAAAAGUGCUUGACGCCUGCAUCGAAGAGAAGCUCAACGUAACUCGUCCAAAAAUGGGGUACUUCAGCAAACUACACGUCCAUGACAGCGAACAUCCAGCACCAGGUUUAUUUCCUUCGAAUAUUAUGAGACUUGCUGUGUUUCUAAUUGAAGCACUGUGCUACAAUUUGCAUGGAAUCUUUUAUAUUGAUGCAUAA